CGAUUGAAUGGUUAUCAAUAAACUUAAACAAAUUAAUAGACUUAAACAUAAAAUAAAAAUAAAAAUAUUAAAAUAUGAACAUUCCGGCCAACGGGCUGGGUUACAAGCUAGUAUACAUGUAUAUUAUUAUGCAUGUAUUAAUGACAAUACAUCUAUGAGUUGCUAAAGGUCGCCCUGAAAAUUGCUAAAUGUCGCCCUAAAAAAUAUCAAAGUUACAAAUUUAACCUUUUAGCUUUUUUUACUUUUCCUUAGCAAACAACACCACUUAGUAAAGAAAAUAAAACAUUAUUCAAAAGAGAGAAUCCAUCAUCGUCAUUCUGGAGUUGGAAUCGUCGAUAUGAUGUCUGGAUCAUGACUAGUGACUCUGAAUCGGUAAAGUUCACUUCAAAAAUUGAAAAAAAAAGGAACCGUAGAUCAUUUGCGGUUCCACCAUGGGCCAACCGCAGCUCCCUUGCGGUUGCACCAUGGACCAACCGCAAGUGAGUUGCGGUUGCGCCAUGGACCAACCGUAACUUGCCUGCCUUAGGUUGAGCGUUUUUUUGGAAAUUUCGAUAGAGAACCGGCGACGACAAUGGCGGGGAAGGCGCCGCCGGACUGGUGCGUCGAGAGGGAUUCACGAAGAAGGCAGAUGAGGGGUUCAGUUUGAGGAGUUAGGGAUUGUUUGGUUUUUUGAAAUUUUAUUGAGGGUAUAUAAGUCUUUUAUCAUUAGAGUUAGGGCGACUGUUAUCAAUUUUAAGGACGACAUUUAGAGAUUCAGUUUAACUAUCACCAAAACCAAACAACAACUUAGUUUGCCGUUUCGGGCUCGUUGACCCUUUUAAAACUAUUUAAAGAACCGGGGAAAGAAGGAGAAAAAAAUGAAGGAAAGAGGAGAUAGACGGGGCCACGGGGCAAGAAACAGAGCUGUAACGGCAUCUCGCUACCGGCGCUGCCAGUCGAUUAGCCGGAGGGAGUAGAUAUAUUGGAGCUGAAAAAGAAGGAAGCAUAUUGGUAAUUCUUUCAUCGAACGCCACAGAGAUCGGAGUCUUGCUCCGUCUGCCUUCACCUGCCGCCGCCUGAAUUCCACCACCUCGGUUUCGGCUGCUGUUGUGGCGCCCAGGGCUUUGGCUUAUCGAGAGGGCGAAUAGAAAGAAUAGGAAAAAUAGAGACCUCUGGAACGAUUGAAAGAGUUGAAUUGGAGCACGUCCACUCGCGAUCGAAUUAGCAGGUGAGAGGCGGAGCUGCUCGAAAAAAUUCAGUAAAUGGGUCAAGCAGCAAAGAGAGGGGAGUAGAAGCUAUCAGGGGUUUGUUCGUGUCUUCCUCAAUCCACCUUCUCACUAUUCGGGUAUUUUCUUUUUCUGACGUCUUGACUUCAUCCUUCUGUUUUCAGCGGGUUUUCAACUGUUAUGAUCCGUUGUAAGGUUAGAGUUGGUGAAAUUGGAGCUCCUUACAGUUUUAGUGGAGUUCAUUUGUUCAAGCGCACUUUGAGUCUCAUCUGAACUAACAAUUGUUUGAUUGAUUUCAUACAAAUGUAAAGGGUAGAUUUUAUAGCUUUCGGAUGAUUUGUGGUUUUGAACUUAAUCUGCUAUUGGAAUCUACUUUGAUAAAGGGCAAAUUAGUUGGUAGCUUGCUUGGCUACACGGUUGGUGCUAAUGUAUAUUAGAUUGAGUAUAUGUCUGUUUGCUGGUAGGGUUUAACAUUACUAAUAUGAUCCUCUGCUUGCUGCUUUGUGUCUUUUACCUUCCUUGGUGGCAAGUUCAUUACUUUGAGUUUCGUGUUUUUUUUUAACAUUGCUAGGCGAAUUCUCCCUAAAUCGACAGAAGAUUUGGCAAUUCAUGAGUUUUAGGGUUGAGCUCUUUUGUGGCUUCUAAUCCAUCCUUUCCUUGUCCAGUUUUUCUGCAUGUUAUUGUCCUGCUUUUCUAAUUUGUGGUUGGCAUUUCAAUUUACUAUAUUAUAUUUACACACAUACAAUUCUCAUAAUUUACUAGGUAACCCUACUUCUUUCAUACUGUUGGACAUCCUUAUAGUUUACUAGGUAAUUCUACUUCUUGCGUACUCCUCACAGUUCACUCCAUGCUAAGAUAUUUCUUGGGUGCCAUGUAGCAUGUACAUUAGGUGAAGCCAUGAAGCCACAAUAGAUGGUUAAUUCACUCUUUAUUUAAAACCAUGAUUCACAAGCAAAAUUACUGGAACAUAUUCUCAAGUUUGUUCUCUGGUAUAUUAGUAUUAGGAAAUUUUGUUACAAAGUUUGCAGUGCAGAAGACAUCUUUGUUGCAAUAAAAUCAAUUGGUAACACAUGUCUGGCGUUUUCUGGUUAUUGCUCCACAGAGGAUGCAUAUGUGAAAUCAGAUCAACAAUCUUCCUAGCAAUAAAUGCAUUUGAAUUUUCAGAUUAAGGGCUCAAACUAGAGUGAUAUGGGAUGUUAGUUACUACAUUCUCAGUUCUGUGCUGAUGUGUCUCCAUAUCAGUUUGACUUUCAGGUUCCUGUGGUGACUCUCGACUAAAGCUUCUGGCGAGUUUAUCAAGUUGAGUAAGUAGACUGUUUAUAAAUUAAUGUUGCAUUAUAUUGUUUGUUUUUGGGUUAUGUUCAGAAGCUACAAUUGAAAGUCAGGGAAAACAGCACAUAUUCUCUCAUUAUUGUGUUUCUGUUCUCUUUUUGUGCAUGCAAAAAUCAUGUAGAGGGUCUCCAACUCUCCAUUUUGUAAGGCUAUUAUUUUACUUCACGGCUUCAAUUGAAUAAAGGAUAGUUUAACAGGUCUUCUUAUAAAUUGUGGUCCGUGAUCACUCUCAACUGACAUAAGGUUGCCUGCUGCACCUUGUCCAUAUUAUAUGAGGCAACCCUUUUUUUAGCUGGUGUAUUCAGCACUUGCGAUUCUUGCUUGCUUAUUUGAAAACUUUGGAUUUGGUUGCAUCCCCUCUUUUUCAUCUCAUUGAUGUGAUAAUAAUUGUUCUUUUCCCGUGCUCCAUAAAAUUGUACUCCUGUUUAUUAUUUGGGAUCUCAAUUAGAUCUAUACUAGUGUCGCUAUAACUCUAUUAUGUAGCUACAGCCAUCCUUAUAACAACUGCUUCUUGUUGCAGUGGAGUUUGGGGUUGAUGAUGAUGAUGUCAAUGGAGAUAUAGAAAGAAAUAUUGAACUAGAUGAUGAUAGUCAAGAAGUAGGUGAUCAAAGUGAAAUUGGUGUUAACAACAUUAUAAAUGGGGAAUUUCAGCAGGACCAGUGCAAGAAAUUGGAUCAAGAGUCUCCUGAUGAGCUCCAAGAUGGAUUUGCAGUUUCAGAUGCAGAUACUGCUGAUGAGCCAUAUGUGGGACAGGAAUUCGAUUCUGAAGCAGCUGCACAUGCAUUUUAUAAUUCUUAUGCAACACAAGUGGGAUUCAUCAUCCGAGUGAGCAAGCUGUCUCGCUCUAGGAGGGAUGGUUCUGCCAUUGGUCGGGCGCUUGUUUGUAAUAAAGAGGGUUUUAGAAUGCCAGACAAGCGAGAAAAAAUUGUUAGACAGAGAGUGGAGACUAGGGUUGGUUGCAGGGCGAUGAUGUUGGUGAGGAGAGUAAAUUCUGGCAAGUGGAUGGUUACGAAGUUUGUGAAGGAGCAUACUCAUCCAUUGACGCCUGGCAGGGGCCGAAGAGAUUGCAUUUACGAUCAGUAUCCGAAUGAACAUGAUAAAAUCCAGGAGUUGUCCCAGCAGUUGGCCGUGGAGAAGAAAAGAGCCGCGACCUACAAAAGACAUCUGGAACUGAUUUUCGAACAGAUCGAAGAGCACAACAAGUGUCUAUCAAACAAAAUCCGGCAUAUAGUGGACAGUGUGAGGGAGAUGGAGGGUGAGGGUCAGCAGAAGUAGUAGGUUUAGUUUAUUAGUAGGACAAAUUUUCUGCCUCUUUUUUCUUCUUUUAUGGCCCGGCAUUUUUGUUUUUGCCAGGUUAUAAGUUAUGGAACUAGUAAAGGCAGUAGAGGGUCUUUAGAUGGUAUGGGAGGGAAUAGUGCCAUGUUACUGUUUCAUGUAUAGUUUUCUUUCUUAGUUGGGUUCUUAUUCUUUUGGCUAAUUUCUUGAUUGAAUAAGUUUUUUUUUUUUCUUCUUCUUCUUCUUGAAUAAGUAUUUAUUGGGUGCUUGAAGUGGGUAGGAGGAAACAAAUUUAGUCUACAUUUGUUUCUUUUUUCCUUUUUCUGAUAGUCCCACUUUUCCAGAUAGGGGUGAUUAUUGGGCACUCACCUGCUUACGGUUGAAUUAGUAUAAUUGAUCGAUCCACUUAAUUGGUUCUCUAUUCAGGCCCGAUAUUUUGCUAUGAUAUGUACCCAAGGCUAAUUCUCAGCUGUUGGAAAACCGGAGCGUUUAGUGUUUGUAAAAUUGUAUCAAUCGAGAAAAUUUUCUAUCAGAAUUUAAAAUUGUAGGUGAUAUUUAAAAGUAUGAAAUGGUUAAACCAUAUUUUUAGUAUAAAUUCUACUCUGGUGCAACCUCCGAUGUGAUUUACAAUCUUUGCUAAUGCUAAUAGGCGCGAGUGUUCAAUAUAACUGGAUCAAUUGC